UUCGAGUCACUGAUUUACUUCGGAACAAAAUCCUAUUAUUGUAAUCAUGAGUGGACGCGGCAAAGGAGGAAAGGGACUCGGUAAAGGAGGCGCUAAGCGCCACCGCAAAGUCCUCCGUGAUAACAUCCAGGGAAUCACCAAGCCCGCCAUUCGCCGUCUGGCUCGCCGCGGCGGAGUCAAGCGUAUCUCCGGCCUCAUCUACGAGGAGACUCGCGGUGUGCUCAAGGUGUUCCUGGAGAACGUCAUCCGUGACGCCGUCACCUACACUGAGCACGCUAAGAGAAAGACCGUCACCGCCAUGGACGUGGUCUAUGCUCUCAAGAGGCAGGGCCGCACACUGUACGGCUUCGGCGGUUAAACCCUGGAACGUGAACGCAACACGACGCUGAAUAACACAACGGCUCUUUUAAGAGCCACACACUUUCUCUAAACGCAUCUCGGUCUUCUAUGCGAAUAUUAUCAUAAUUGAUCAUGGUACAAGCCCAUAUUUAUUCAUCCCUUGGAAGUAAUUUAAAUGCUUCAUGGUUUCAAACCAAAUACAGUAAUUAUAUAAAAGCAUUUCUAACAAUUGUGCCACUACCAUUGAAUGUAGAAUAAUUGAUGUUAAUCCUCCUCUUGUAUUUAAUUAUUUUCCAGAAUGCCUCUUUUUUUUUUAUAAGCGAUUACGAUAAAGACAUUACUCGAACUGACCAGCAAUUUCUGUAAGGGCAAAUGUUGAAAUUUGCUUAUAGGUGUGAA